GAUAUUCUAGAAUCCACUGCGGGGCGCCUAACCAGCAGGAGCAUCGACGUUGGAAGUGCCACUUCGUUCCUAUAGCAGCUGUCGAGAAGCAUCGAUUGUCUGCACCGGUUGCAUGAUGGGCACGGAACCCCCAAGCUUGUGGAGUUACUGCUCCUCAUUGAACCGGCUCUGUCCCAAGCUGAUGCCAGUCACCAAGAUCUACGCCGACCUGCGGUGGUCGACAACACCCUUUACCUCGAGAAGCGUGGUCCACAAGUUUGGCUGCACGCAGGGUUCGGGGCUAUCUGCGGACGGCGUCUGUCACGUCGUGACGCAGCUGUCAACAUGGAACGAAGUCCUCGUCUUCAUCAACAUGGAACUGCGUGAGGGUCCUCCCGGUCAGCUUUCCCUACUGUGCCUCCAUGGCAUGUGUGGCUCAUGUGGCUUGCAAGCGCGCGAGCGCCAUGCGACCAUCUUGGUUCACUGGCUCCUCACCGUCCACCGGUGUGUGACAAGCAUUGAACUAGACGACAACGUGAUCGCCAAUUUCUGCGCCUACUUCCCACUGUACUGCGACGCCCUUCAACGCAGUCUUGGCGUAAGGGAUCUCAAAGUGUCGGCGUGGAGCUGCAGUCGUGACGUAUCUAGGUCCCUCGUGAAUUCCAUCAUCUGCAUGGGACACCUCGAAGUGCUCCGCUGUGAAGCACUUGACCUUUCCGCUCAAGACUUCAUAGAGUACCUCGAAUCAAAUGUCACUUUGAAAGAGCUUUCCGUGGCGUACGCUUUUCCGCGUCCCGAUAAUCCCUCAGUACUUUUAAAAGCACUGCACAUGAAUAGUUCCUUAUCACAGCUUUCAAUUCACAGUGAUUGUCUCGAUGCAGAUAGCCAGGACUGGUUUGGCGAGUACAUUCAACGAACUGCGACACUUCGCUGCAUUAAGAUAAGAAAUUCUUCGGUUUGCUUUCCGCGAUCUUUGGUGCCAGUAUUUCAGGCUGUAUCAAACAACAAAAGCGUCCUUAGGAUUGAUCUCGUUUGGUUUAAUCUAGGAAUUGAUGAAGCAUGGUCUUUUGCUGACUUAAUUAGUGUUAAUCACAAUUUGAAGAUAGUAAAUUUCAUCGCAUGCCUGUGGAGUUUUUCUGUGUAUCCACUCCAGUAUGCAUGUACAUGCAGCACGAUUGAAGUUGGUCACACAGAGCGUCCAGCAAGGCGCACGGCACCUCUCGUCUGUGCUUUCGGACCGGAAUGUUCUCUGGAAGAAAUCACUCUCGACCUGAGAUGCUUCGACGCUUAUGAUCAGAAGACACUCCUUUAUGCAGUCGCUGCGAAUACCACUCUCAAGAAAGUGAACGUAGAAAGAUUGGAUUUCGCCAGCGCGAAUUCUCUGUGCGAGGCCAUCCGAGAGACGGGCACCGCAGACAGGGUGCACUUUCCCCUCGUCAACGUGAGAGGAAGGGAGCUCGCUUGCGUGAAAAAGUCCUGCGGAGAGGUCACUAAAAUAUCGCUCAAUAUAGGCACCCAUGGCACGAGCACGAGACGAGAAUACUUGAGAGUUCUGACGCUGUGCACACACCUGACCGUUCUGAAUUUGAACAUAGAUGGAAGGGUGUGCAAGGCAGAAGCGCACCUUCUCUCUAUGUUCCUACGACAAAGCCAGUGCAUUCGAGAAUUUUGCAUGUCAUUCUACGUGAGACCUAGUGCUUUGCGAGACAUCCUGCGAGGACUGUCUACGAACACUGCCUUGGAGAAGUUGGUCGUCACACGUUGCGUCCUUGACAAACAGAGUGCGGCAUUACUUGCCAGUAUCGUUGGGGAUAGCGAAACUAUCUGGCACUUUGGGUACGAAGCUCACUGCGUUGCUUCUUGCCGCUUUCUGCUUAUUUACCUUGCCAAGUGCCUGCCAUCUAACACUGCUCUGGUGUCACUGGAUGUCAGUGAAUACCGCGCAGUCAUUAGGCACUCUGCCGCUGUAAAGGACGUCGUGAGACGCAACGCGGCUCUUGUUGACUGCGCCGCGCACUUCGUUCUCGGCACGAGGAACAGACACUGCGCGGAGGCCUUCGAACAUGUCGCCAGUGGCCGUGGAAUAGUGGCCAGAGUUCAAGAAAUGGCCGCGGAGCCGUGCGCCGAUCGAGCAAGGGCCAUGAUACGAGAGGCCACGCGUUGGCUGCUUGGAAUGAUACCUUUCAUGAAGAUGGCUGGUGUCGUCAAGAAUGAUUUGUCAUGGGACGAGAACGUCGACUACCGAGAACGCUUAGAAAUCUUGCCUCCGGAGUGCUGGCUUCACGUGAGACAGUUCAUCAAAGUUCGCGACGUUCUACAUUGGGCGCCCUCCACCACCACGUGGCGCAAACAAGCUUUCUGGGGAGCUACUUCGGGUAUACGUCGGUCCAAGCUGCGUCGGCUGCAAACGUGAGGACAGCAAUCGGCAAGUUUUGCAUCACAUUGCGGGAAAGACAGUUUUUAUAUUGACCAAUGCGUGACACGUGCGUCUACCAUUGACAUGCUUUUUAAAUAGUAUUUCAUUGGGCUUUCAGCCGUAAUGAAAUAUCAGAAUUGUAAAAUUUUUACCGACUGACAAAGCCUAAUAAAAUGAGCA